AUGGCCACCCCCCUCUGCCUUCCCUCCCGCCACUCCUCAUCGCAUGUGUUUGGCCAAUACAGGGAGCAAGGAGCAAGUGCAUACAGGGAGCAGUGCACUGACAGCGAGUGCACUGACAGCGAGUGCACUGACAGCGGGUGCACUGACAGCGGGUGCACUGACAGCGAGUGCACUGACAGCGAGUGCACUGACAGCGAGUGCACUGACAGCGAGUGCACUGACAGCGAGUGCACUGACAGCGAGUGCACUGACAGCGAGUGCACUGACAGCGAGUGCACUGACAGCGAGUGCACUGACAGCGGGUGCACUGACAGCGGGUGCACUGACAGCGAGUGCACUGACAGCGAGUGCACUGACAGCGGGUGCACUGACAGCGGGUGCACUGACAGCGAGUGCACUGACAGCGAGUGCACUGACAGCGAGUGCACUGACAGCGAGUGCACUGACAGCGAGUGCACUGACAGCGAGUGCACUGACAGCGAGUGCACUGACAGCGAGUGCACUGACAGCGAGUGCACUGACAGCGGGUGCACUGACAGCGGGUGCACUGACAGCGAGUGCACUGACAGCGAGUGCACUGACAGCGAGUGCACUGACAGCGAGUGCACUGACAGCGAGUGCACUGACAGCGAGUGCACUGACAGCGAGUGCACUGACAGCGAGUGCACUGACAGCGAGUGCACUGACAGCGAGUGCACUGACAGCGAGUGCACUGACAGCGAGUGCACUGACAGCGAGUGCACUGACAGCGAGUGCACUGACAGCGAGUGCACUGACAGCGAGUGCACUGACAGCGAGUGCACUGACAGCGAGUGCACUGACAGCGAGUGCACUGACAGCGAAUGCACUGACAGCGAGUGCACUGACAGCGAGUGCACUGACAGCGAGUGCACUGACAGUGAGUGCACUGACAGCGAGUGCACUGACAGCGAGUGCACUGACAGCGAGUGCACUGACAGCGAGUGCACUGACAGCGAGUGCACUGACAGCGAGUGCACUGACAGCGAGUGCACUGACAGCGAGUGCACUGACAGCGAGUGCACUGACAGCGAGUGCACUGACAGCGAGUGCACUGACAGCGAGUGUCCCUUCCUGACAGCGAGUGUCCCUUCCUGA